AUGUCCCGGCACCGUGUCAAGGAUGUUGGCUACGACGACGACGACUAUUAUUCCGACGAUGGGUACGCGUCACCUGACCCAGAAGAACAGGAGUUCCUGCAACAGUGUACCACGGCCGUUCUACAACAGCUCGGUGCGGGGCAAUCCCCGGUGACUGCUACGAAGGAAGAGGCCCAAGAGGCCCUGUGGCAUUACUACAACGAUAUUGAGAAAUCAGUCAACUAUUUGAGGGGCAAGAAGCAGAAAGAGGCUGCGAAGCAAAAGCCGAAGGCUCAAGCAGUGCCAGCAUUCCCCGCUCCACCUUCGACAGCAGCACACUUCUCGGCUGCUGACUUCUUUCGCGAUUGUCCUUGGCUCAAUGUCCCCGCUCACCGAAAGACGGAUAUCCUGAUUGAACCUCUGUACCCGCGCUUGGGUCUCUUGGGCGGUGCGCCCGAAGCUGGUGGAAAGGUCUCGAAAUUGGCUGCCUUGGCUGCCGCUCGAAAAAAGAAAGAAGGUGCUGCGCCAGAGGCCUCGGCAACACCAACUUCUCAGUCGGAUCGUUCUGAGGCAUCAUCACCUGCUCCUGGAGGGGCCACACCAUCCCUUCGUGAGAGACUUGCAGCCAGUGGGAAACCGGCGACGAAGCCCACGGAGAGCUCUGGGUCUCUAGGUCGCGCAGCAAAGCCAAUUGCGCCCUCGACCCCACCAUCAGCACAUAAAGAACCCACCACUGAGACCAAGGAGCCCUCCGUGACGGCUGUUCCUUUGCCAACCCCACGGGCUGCCGAUGAAGAGAAAGAACCAGAACGCCAGGAGUCACUGCCGAGUAUUCGGGCAACGCCGUCUACAUUUGCGAGUACGAUUGUUGGCACAUCUGCUUCCACAGUCGCCGAGCCCAGCCAUUCACCUCCAGGCAGCACUGAUCUGUUGAAGAUUUAUGGACAGAACAACGCUGAACCCUUUGACUUUGCAGCACCCAGCCCCGACGAUGUCGUUCUCAAUGCGCAGAACACAGCGAAAGGGCUCAAGUCGAAAACGGCUCCAUCGAAGUCGACUGGUGACAAAAAAGGUCAAUCUGAAUUGGCUGGUGGGAUGAAAGAUUUGUCAGUUGAAGACAAAGUGACGGUAAAAAGCAAGAAUCUUGAUGUUCUCGCGGAGUAUAAGAAGUCAACUCGCAAGAAGUCUGCCAACUUUGUGGUCAUUGGUUAG